CCAUUGUGGACAAUUAAACUUGACAGCUGUCAUUGAUUACAAAUUACAUGUAAAGAUCCAUUCAAACACAAAAUGGCAGACGAUGUAGAAACGCCAGCUACAGAAGCCCCAGAAGAGGCAAAACAAGGCGAAGAAGGUUUGACAACAUCUAAACCAGUUGAAGAAAGUGUACCAACACUAAAACCAGCACAAGAUCCGCUUAAUACGGAAUUUCUUUAUUACAGUUCAGCGCUAAGGAUUUUGGGACCGUUGGUAACUCAAGAAGCUGAUAGGAAAUUUAUUAUUCCAUGGAUUCGCAAACUUUUUAGACCAGAAUACCAUAGCUCCAAACUCAAAGAAAAGAGGAACAGAUACUUAGCUUAUUUGUGUUGUUCCGUUCUAUUGGACCAAGCUGUUGGCGUUUUUAAAAAUUUUCCGCCAGAUGGAGCUUUAGUGAAUUGUAACGAGUUACCAACUCCUCCGGUACAUACAGUUGAAUGGGAAUUGGAUACUUAUUGGCAGGACACAGUCUUUGGUCUUCCAGAUGAUUUCCAAAUGUUGGAAUGCAGCGUUCACAAUUCAGAAGCAGAUUGUGCAAAUGACCAUCAGUUAGAUAAGAUUUUAGACCAUGAAUUCCAGUUUUAUUUGUAUUUAGCAAGACCGUAUGCGUAUUUAAUAAAAAACGGCUCCGAUAGAACGCGAGCAGCUACGUGGUUUCAAGUGUUGUGCUCCAUUCACGGUCCAACGAGCUGCUCAAGCAUGAAAGCCAUUAGAAACGACUACAUGAUGGCGUUACUCGGUUACCUCCAUGAUUUGAGAGUGGUGGGACCGUUUGCAGAGUUACCAAGUUGGAAGACUUUACCAUCUCUUGCUGAAGCUGCCAAGGCGGCUGCUGAAAACAAUCCGAUAACAGAUCCAACAGGCGGAGAAGCUAAUGAGUUUUUAAUGAAUCAGCCUUUUCCCGAUGAUGGUGCUUUUUGCUAUAUCGCUCUCACCGGAGAUAUGGUUGUCAAACAUUUGAAUCCUGAUUAAAAAUGUUGAUUUGCUAAAACGUACCUAAUAAAUAACGUACCUGUAUUGUCUAUACUAGCUUUUAAUUAUUCAGUUAACGUUGUCCAGCUUUGGAAAGUAAUUUCUUCUUGGCAUCUGGAGAUUUUAGAUAAAUUUUAGACGAUUACUCAUUUUUUGGUUCUCAAAAUGUCAGACAAUUAAACUUUAUUUGAUGUUGCGACAUUUUU